UGCAACAAUGAGGAGCUUCACCGUGGUAACAGUGUCAUUUCUCUGCUGCAUGAGCUGGAUCUCUGUCUCAGUGUCCCAGUCUCAGACUGUGGAGGUCCAGUCUGGUGAAGACAUCACACUGGUGAUCUCCAACAUUUCCAGUCAUGGCACUCUGACAGAGUGGUUCAGACUGUUCAACAGAACCAAGGUCAGCUGUAUCGCCUCUAUGUACAGGUCUGAUCACGAAGCUUCAUUCUGUGAUGGAUUUCAAAAUAGAUUUGAAAUGAGCUCCAACAUCUCCAAUGUCUUUCUGAAGAUCAAGAGAGUGGAUGUAUCUGACUCUGGACUGUAUUUCUGUGGAUUUUACAUCAAGAAAGUGGAUAUGUUUGACUCUGGACUGUAUUUCUGUGGAUUUUACAAAGACGCACACACAGUCAUCACCGAUACAAUACAUUUAAAUGUUCACGGUGAUAAUGAAUCUGAUUAUGAAGAGGAUUGUAACUCUGAAGAAGUGCCUGGUGGAAUGACAAACCUGAUGAGUGUGGUGCUGGGGGGUCUGACUGUUUUCCUCACUAUAGUGGUCAUUGUUCUGGCUGUUAAAAUCAGGAAACUUCAGAAAGAUGUGAAUGAAGAACCACAGACAGAAAGAAACAAGAAUUUGGGCUCAGAUGACCUGAACUACACAACUCUAAGUUUCCAGACCAAACCAAAAAGAAACCGCAGGCCUGCAUCACAGAGAGAGCUGGAGACCAAUGUUGUGUACGCUGCCACCAGAUAGACUCAGGGAACCACUGGAACAGCAGCUCAGAGAGGAGCUCAGGCUUUAUCAUAUUCAUCUACUGUUAUGGUUUUGUGCAUGUGUGUAGUGGGUGGAAGGACUCAAUGCCAAG